GUUCGCCAUCGACAACCGAUGGAACAUCUCAGGAUUGCGUUGUUUGUAUUUCUAAUAUCUCCGGACUGCGUUAACCUCAUGGAAAACCCAGAAAACUUGUAGCGGUCAUUUCAACAAGAUUGAUUCAAUCAGAACAGCCGCACUGGGUUUAGUUACUCUGAUCCACUGCAGUCGUGAACUCCACUCUUUGAUUUACCACGUCAUUCAACAAACUUGUCAAUUCGGUUGCUGGGCUCAAUGUCAUCCAAAUCGCCGCAGAUUAGCACCCGCCGCUCUCUGAACAAUGUCCAACUAUGUGGAUUGGGUGGAUCCGCUCGACACCGCUUUGGGCCAGAAUUUUCUGCCGAUGACAUCAUUUGGAUUUCAGAGCUUGGACGAGGCAAUGGGGGCGUGGUGUCGAAGACACAACACAAAUCCACCGGGUUCCUCAUGUCUCGAAAGACGUUUGAGUUUGAUAUCAAGACUUCGGUUCGUGCCCAAAUUCUUCGAGAUCUUCAGAUUUUAUGGGAAUGCUCAUCCCCAUUCGUGCUGGACUUCUACGGUGCCUUCUAUGUGGACGAUACCAUCAGCAUUUGCAUGGAGUACAUGGAUGCCGGUGGCUUAGACACUCUUCUACCGAUAGUCGGUCGCUUCCCAGAACCCGUGAUUAUCCACAUCGCGAGCUCCGUAGUACAGGGUCUGAUGUAUCUGUGGCAAGAAUUGCACAUUAUGCACCGCAACCUAAAACCGUCCAACAUUUUGGUCAACCGAGGCGGUUUCGUGAAACUGUGUGAUUUUGUUGUCAGCUUACAGCUGGCCGAAGCUCUGGCCAGUGCUUUUAUUGGUAUGCGUACGUAUAUGGCUCCUGAAAGAUUGACCGGUGAGCCGUUCGGUUCGCCAAGUGAUAUCUGGAGUCUCGGCUUAACUCUCAUGGAGCUAGCCAUUGGCCGGUAUCCCAUCCCUGCCGUUGAUCCGGUCGAUUUUGUUCGUACUUUUGCCCCUGAUUUGGAAUCAAACAUGGUAGAACACUGGAGAGCUGCUCGAACCGGUGAACCUUUACCAGCCUUGGAGGGUGGCAUUCUGAAUGAACAUAUGAGCAUCUUCGAGUUGUUUGUCUACGUGGUCGAGCAUCCUGCCCCGCGGCUUCCCGCAUAUUGUUUCUCUUCCGGUUUCAUUCGCCUGGUUCAUUCGUGUCUGCAAAAAGAACCAGAGUAUCGCUUAAGCAUACAGCUACUUCACAGUCAUAUCCUCCCUGAUCUUUUGGCAAAUACCUUGGAUCCAGCUACCGGUGGUGCUGAUACACCCAUUAGUUGCUAUACUGGCUCUGCCAGCACGGAUGCACUAACCAGUCCCAGUAGCAUUUCGGUGCGGGACUACUUGCACGGAGUUUUCAUGCACCAGCAAAAGGAAGCGGUAAACGCUGUGGCACUGGCAGUUGGUGAGGAUCUCGAUGCAGCCGAUGGCAUACUGUCUGAUCAAUACAUAUGCCCUUGGUCGUUACCUUCCACCGACAGCACGCUGAAACCACAAGUAGAACCCGCCGUUGACGCAUUCUGAAUGCCAUUCCGAACGUGGGCGCCUGUUUACUGUGAUAUGUUCCCUAUAUCUUAAUUUUUCUCAUAAUGUAUAUUACCAUAUGCACUUUUCGCUAACACGAGCGCAUUUUCCACUUGUAAUUCGUACUUCCCAUCUUUUCUUUCGAUGUCUACUUGUCCUUUACGAAUAUCGGAUUUUCACAUGGAUUUCAUCUGUCGUAAGACUUUUUAGGCUCGAUGCAGGUUGCUACGAUCGGCGUAAGAGUCCGCAGUUGUGCUUCACUCUGGACAAUAGUGAUGCUUUUGCACUCGAACUCACUUUCUAAUUCAUGUAUGCUGCUGGUUAUCGGUGGAGUAAGGUCUUUCAUGUC